AACAAAGCUUGAUUGAGAGAUCACAUCACCGCUGACGAUUCUGGCAGGACGGUGCGUCUAAAUUGCUAUUUUAAUGAACAUCACAAAACGUGUUUUUGCUCGUUUUUUCACUGGAUAUUUUUUAUGAGAUCGAGCCGCGUCGGUUCGCUGCUCAAUAACAGGCCGAAAGUAACGGCAGGCAUGAGGAUUGCACAUCUUUCUCUGGAAAUGCAUCAGUUCCGCCGGGCUGCCUCGUGACCCCAGCAGCGACCGAGAGGAAGAGCAGGAGGAGGACCGCCGUGCAGACUGUCGAUGAUCCGGGCCCCAGUCACCUCCUGUCCGCUCCCCUGAAGCGUUUAUGCACGCCUGGAUCAGGAGGACCAGAGGCAGAUGCACGGGGAGGCGCUGAAAUGAGAUGAGGCUCAGACAUGGAACUGUUGCCACUGCGAUCAUUUUCUUCACGUCGUUUCUCAGUCUGUCCUGGUACACGGCUUGGCAAAAUGGCAAAGAAAAGUUGGUAGCCUAUCAGAGGGAGUUUCAUGCCCUGAGGGAGCGUCUGCGUGUGGCCGAGCACCGAACCCUCCAGCGCUCCUCUGAGCUCAACGCCAUCCUCGAGCAGUUCAGACAUGCCAUUGCAGAGACCAACGGCAGCAAAGAUGCUCUCUCCAACUUCUCAGAUGAGACACAGAAGUUGUUGAAGGAGUUGGCUCACAGGAAGCCCCUCCAGGUGCCAAAUAUCUACCACCAUCUGCCUCACUUGCUAAACAAUGAAGGCAGCCUGCACCCUGCUGUACAGGUGGGCCAGGGACGUACCGGAGUUUCCAUGGUGAUGGGCAUCCCCACGGUGAAGCGGAAAGUAAAGUCAUACCUGUCAGAGACGCUUCAUUCACUCAUCGAUAAACUCUCGGCGGAGGAGAAGCUUGACUGUGUCAUCAUAGUGUUCGUGGGAGAGACGGACAUAGAUUACGUAAACAGUGUGGUUGCAGGCCUUGAAAAAGAGUUCUACACAGAGCUGAAUUCUGGGUUACUGGAGGUCAUAUCUCCCCCUGCCAGCUACUACCCAGACUUCAGCAGCUUGAAAGAGACCUUUGGUGACUCAAAGGAGCGGGUGAAAUGGAGGACCAAGCAGAACUUGGACUAUUCCUUUCUAAUGAUGUAUGCUGUGAACAAAGGGGUCUAUUAUGUCCAGUUAGAGGAUGACAUCGUUGCCAAGCCCAACUAUUUUGCCACCAUGAAAAACUUUGCUCUACAACUCGCCACUGAGGACUGGAUGAUCCUUGAGUUUUCAGCGCUGGGCUUCAUUGGUAAGAUGUUCCAAGCCCCAGAUCUAAAUCUCAUUGUGGAGUUUAUCUUCAUGUUUUAUAAGGAGAAGCCCAUUGAUUGGCUCCUGGAUCACAUACUCUGGGUCAAAGUAUGCAACCCAGAGAAAGAUGCCAAACACUGUGAGAGACAGAAGUCGAGUCUGCGCAUUCGUUUCAGGCCCUCUUUGUUUCAGCACGUAGGCCUACACUCCUCCCUCGCUGGGAAAAUCCAGAAACUCACGGAUAAAGACUUCCUGAAACCUCUGCUGCAUAAGAUUCAUGUGAACCCGCCGGCGGAGGUGUCCACCUCUCUAAAAGUGUAUCAAGGUCAUACACUUGAGAAGACAUACUUGGGCGAGGACUUUUUCUGGGCCAUUACUCCAAUGGCUGGAGACUAUGUUCUGUUCAAGUUUGAUCGGCCCGUCUACAUAGAAAGGUUCCUUUUUCGCAGCGGAAACCAGGAGCACCCAGGAGACAAAAUAGAGAACACUACUGUCGAGAUCCUGCCCUUUUCGGACGCUGAAUUGAAGACCAAAGAGAAGUACAAACGAACAGAAGAUCGGUUCUAUAAGCUUGCUCAGUUUGAGAAAGGAGUGGCAGAGGGGACGGUUGACCCUGCCUUCAACCCUGUGGUGGCUGUUCGGCUAAAGGUCCAGAAGGACUCCGCCGUGUGGGCCAUUAUUAGCGAGAUCCAUAUCAAGAGGAUACCUGGGUAACUACCUGAAUGUCUCCAGUGCUUGAGGCCCUCUGGUCACCUAGACAGGGACGUGCUGCUCGCAUCUCCAGCGGAUCCAGUGACCCUCACAUUAUCAGAGUGCGUGGAGGAACCCUGGCUUUAUGUUCUUCACCUCUUAAACUUGACUUUUUCCUCUUUUUUUCGUCUUCCUCUGGUAGUUUUGACAUUCUCUCUUCUCUUCUACUUGCCUUGGCCUCUGUCGUCAGACUUCGUUUGACCUUUAACUUUCCCCUGAAUUCUGUUGUGUGAAUGUGACUACUACUGUACAGAAAAAAAACAAACAAACACUUUUUGACAAUGUUUCCAGACACUAAAUUUGUGUCGUGAAGAAUUGCAAUCAUCGCUGUCAUUAAGGUUUGACGUUCAGGAUUCAAAGCUGCACCAAUGCUGGAUAAUAAGUUAAUAUCCCCUACUGAUGAAGAAUGUCCUCAGCGCUCUGCCGUCAUGUACUGUAACUGACCAUAAAAUUUGGGUCAGAUAAACACGGCUGGAUUUCAGCUUAGAGAUGAACGAGUGGGUUGAAAGAAAUUUUUAGGUUUUAGGCCGUUGGUGUCUGACACUCUUUUAAGAACAUUUCAAGACCAGUUUAUUAUUUUAUUGACUGCUUUGCCAAAAUCUAAAAACAAACAGCAUAUGUUUUCUGGUCAACAGAAGUGGCUUUUCUUCCUCUGUGUUGGUUUAGUGUCAACGAAUCAAUCAUGGCUUUCAAUCGGAAAGUUUUUAAUUGCUGUUAUUAUUAUUAUGACGAUCUAUGAAGGUGAAUUAAUUUAUUUGAAAUAAAUCUUUAAUUUGUACAAAAGGUAAAUGUUUUAUUAUAUAUUCUUUGGAAAUGUAUGAUGUGGCAGAGAAUUUAUUGUGGCUUAAAGUCGAGUGAUGGUUGAUGUUUGUAUCUUUGUGUAGUUGAGAAGGGUGCAGGGCCGCCCACCUCUGUGCCUUAACAUCCAGCGUCCCAGUAGAGGGCCUGGUAAAGGACUGCCUUGUGCCCUGUGUCAAAACGCUUAAAUCAUACAAUAGGACAGUUUGUUAGAUGCUUGAUUUAAGUGAGACGUUCAAGUUUAGAGCAUGGCAUGUCCGUGGUUAUGUUUCAGAAUCUUUCAUGUCUUCAUUUGUUCAUUGAGCAUUUUCCAUCUCAAAUAGUCCGCUUUCAUCAUGUCUGUCAGAAAAGUUCUCCUUUCUAUGCUGUAUUCAUAAGAUACUUAUCUGAAUGUUCAGUGAGUCGUGAUGAAGUCCAGAUGGAAUCUGCUGAUUUUUUUUCUGCACCGAACGAAUUUAAAUGUGGUGAAAUGUGAUUUAAGGAAGCUGAGGGUACUACGUAUCUGAAAGCACAAUCUACGGAGACCCUAAAUGGACAUGGUGAUGCUUUGCUUCUCUCACAAAAUGUUCGCAUUCCACCAACAAACUUUGUGUUCUCCGAAAUGUUUGCGUCUCCUGACAAAAAAGAAGUGUUUGCUUGCUAAACUUUUGUGAUGGAAAUAUAAGGUAGGACCAAGAACUAUAUUUCAAUACUUUGCGAGUGAAUGCAAAAGUUUUGCUAGAUAAUGAAAAAGUUUUGUAUUUCUUUUUUUCAUCGCCUUGUCCACUUGACUCUGCAACAAUCAAAUAAGCCACAAUAUGUAAAACCACGCAGAACUUCAUGAAUGACGGCCGUUUAAAGCUUUCUGUGGAGUUCUGCAGGUGCAGAUUCUGUGUGGACCUGGUCAGGAGCAAAAUAUUUCCAGAACCAUAGAUUUAUAAUGGAAAUGGAAUCGAACUGCUAAAUUUACAGCUAUUUUCAGAAGUGCUCUCAUCUCAUGUGAUUGUAUAUAUCUUUAAUAAGAUGGAAGUUUUAGUUCAGUCUGACAUAAUGUGUCAUUGUAUAAUCCUUGAUGCUUCAAGUUUCAGAGCAUAUCCUUUAUACAUACAUACACCUUCAUUUUAGUGACUACUUGGAGCGGGAUGUGAAUCGCAGUACUUGAGCAGUGUGUGUUUUUUUAAUAGAAAGCCAAUGUACUGUCAUAACCAUUUGUUUACAGUUUGUUUAUGAUCUCUCCUUGGUUGGAGUGUAGAGCACUGUAUCAUCAUUCUCCUUUACAUCAUGUGACGUGACUUCUGGGGAAUGGACUGGUGAAACCACAAUGGAGUGGUUUUCAGUGUUUUGCCGAACUGCUGCCUUUUUAGUCAGAUUUGUGCUCAAUGAUCUGUUUCCACACCUGUUUUAGCACUGAAAGAUGGAUUGUUAUCCAUUGCCCUCUCGUUAAACUCUCAUGGGCCGGUUUCCCAUCUGGGAUCAGUGCAUGUCCAUCUUGAAAUCCACCCUUCGGUCUUACGUUGAGAUGAAUCCGACAUGAAAUGUGCUCCUCUUGUGUGGUGCAUUCUUGACUUUCAUGUGCCUUCAUCUGUCUUUCUCCAGCUCUGACACUGAUUUGAAUAAACUGUUCCAAAAUAAACCAUUUAAUUGCUUUC